AUGCCGGUGUCGCCCUACCUCGAUGAAGAGAGUCUCAUGGCAGUGGUCGACGACGUCUGGAGUUUGCUGAGUCCAUCAAGUAGUCCAAUUCAUCACUUGAAGUCCGUGGCAGGCGAUGCAGCAGUGACAGACACGGCAAAUGUCGUGGCAGCGCAGACCGCAGUGAAGAAACGCAAGAAGCGGCGGCCUGACCGCAAUAGACCUCACCACGAAAUAGCGCGAUUGCGAGCUCAAGCCGCUGAACUGGAGAGCCAACUGCAGAAACAAACCACAAAAGACACUCGGUACUACACCAACGUUGGGCUGAAGGCGAUGCUAUGCGAGAGUUUCGAUGACAUCUAUGCACUCGAGCAGAAUUUAAACACUCAGAUAGAGGAGCUCCUUCGAGGCAUGCCCCGUGUGCUCGCUGCGAUGUCUCGAAAUCUUCCGUAUGACAUAACGCAGGACGAUGGAAUGUUCGCAAUGAUGGCGCGAAGUCUGGAUGAUCAAUACACGAACAUGGAUCAAGUUCUUCGCGUCGCUGGGCUUGACAAAAUUACUUCGGAAGUAGCAGACGCUUCAAUUUGCCACUCUAACGACGCAAUUGGGAACUAUGGAGUUACUCUCAAGUCUCGGACGUGCAUUUCUUCUCCGUUUAGAAGCGACUGCAGCGUUGGAGCAUUGUGGAGGCAUUUUGAGCGCUGCCAACGUGCAACGAUGGACUCGACUCAAUUUAGAAAUCUGGAUCUCCCACUUGGAAUCUCGUCUCGCGUUGCUAUUCAGAAAUUCGAGGUCACGUUGGGCGACUAUGUCUGUGCCAUGCGGAUGGUAGUGAAGCAGUUUGUCGAGAGGGAUCGUAUCGUUCACGUAUGGAACGUACACGCCGACGUUGGAGCACUAUUCAAUGUGGAAACCUGCGAAACAGGGUGGGGCUUUAUCCGGCCAAUGAACAACGACAAGACCAGUGUGUGUGUGAGCUACAGCCUCGUGAAUGUGACCGCGCAAUGUUUUUCAUCCAAGGAGACUUGCGGGACAAUUAAUUCUCUGAUCAAGUUGUACCACACUUUCAUAAUCUCCCGCCUCCAAGCUUUAGAAAACCAAACACUUGAUCGACUCAUUCUAGAUCGAAACGCAGUGGUUUCUUAA